AUGACGUGUUGUUGUCCAGUGACGUGGACGAUCGUUGCCGUCGCCGGUUAUGUCAUCUACCGAUUCUUGUCUAAGAAAAAUAAAGAACCCGAGGUUUGCUCAAAAUCCUGUAGUAUCCAGAAAACCUGAAAAACUUCUAAAAAAAAUUCAUUCUCUUUAGUUCAUGUCACUUACAUGAACUGAAAAUCCUUCAGGGUCUUUUCCAUUUGCAAUUCUUGGGUUUUUGCUUUUAAUUUUAAGGUCAAGUCAUCGUAUUUCACAGUGGUACAGCUAUGAUAAUUUGAUCCACGGUUCGCAUCCUUUGAAAAGCUCUUGAUACAGAAAAGUGCGAAAAGUGAAAGUUUUGACCGCUUUGCAAGUGGCGAGCGGCCUUCAGUCAUCAAGUUCAGUCUGCCCGCAGCUCUGCUCAGAACUACAGAAUUCAAUACUUUGUGGGCUCGUUUGAAUCUGGUUACUAAGAUCACAAAAAAACGAACUAUAUGUAUAAAGAUUUCGACACGAAGAGCUAUUUUCAGCUUUAUUUUAUUUCCUAAUUUUUCGCCUUCUUAACCUCAACACAGAAUGACGUUUUGAAUCGAGAAUUUCGCUCAGAUUUUCAUCUUUUCUCGAGAAAAAAGUUUCAGAUUCUCGAAAAAGAAUGGAAGAAGGACGUAGUGUACCUGUACCAGUUUCCUCCGGCCAAAACCGUUCGCAACCUUUCUCCCUACUGUAUGAAACUUGAGGCCUUCCUGCGCAUUUAUGACAUUAAGUACGAGGUAUGUUUCUGUUGGCUUCUGUCAGGAUCCUGAAGUCUUCUUUUCAGGUUCGCGACGUGAUAAUGAAGAGAUCGCGCCACGGACUUUUACCAUUUGUGGAGCUCAACGGCGAGCACAUUGCGGACUCCCAAAUAAUUCAAGAGAGGCUCAAGCAACACUUCAAAACUCCUGUUUGUAAUUAAUUUUCUUUUCUCUGAGCUCUUUCAUUUUCCCUAAUCGAAGCAAAAAGAACAUUUAUACAUGAUAAGACGUUUUUGAAUUUUGACCUUUGCCAAUUUCAGAAGCUAGCCCCUAAAGACGAAGGAGCCGCAGCUGCAGUCGAGCGUCUGGUGGAGCAUCACCUGGCCUAGUGAGUCUGUUCACUUUUUGGAAGGUCAAGAGUGUUUUCAGCCUCAUGUACAAGUUCAAAGUUCUCAACAAUCUUGAUCAAUCCGUAGAGGUGAGAUUUUUUCGAAGAUAAGGAUGGUGAUAAAGUCUUUUUUUAAACCACAUCCAUAGGCCGUUGUUAUCGUAGUCCUCUGUAUAGGAGCGCAAAAUUUUGAGGUUUUCGUCAAGCCGUUGACUCCUGAUUGGCUCUGGCCGUUAGCCCGAUGCCUCGCUAAGCCGGUGAUGAAACACAAGAUCUCGAAGAAGCUGAACGUUUGCCUCGGAGAUUUCUCGAACGCCGACUGCGAAAUGCUUCUCCGAAGGGACUUCAACGCGGUCCGCGACGUCCUCGGCAGCAACAAGUUCCUCGGCGGCGACAAGCCGACAGCGGUCAGUCCGACUCUCGUCCAAUAUUCUCCCUUGUUUUCCAGGUGGACGCGACGGUCUUUGGACACUUUGCCGCCGUCUACUACGUGAAUAUCGCGUCUCUUCCGAAAACUUUGCUCGAUACUGAGUACUCAGUAAUCAGAGAGUACCUCGACCGCGUCCGAGAUCUGCUUUUCCCCAAAGACUUUACUACCUCAUCGUAG